AUGGAAGAGGUUGUGCAGUGGGCAGCCAGUGUGAUGGACCAUAAAGCUGGAGUAGAAAAGAAAGCUCAGGCGGAGGAGAGAGAGAGCAGCAUUUCCUCAGAGAUACACUGCAAGAUUUUGGACCUGAGCGAAGGAGAAAAUAUCAUAGCGCUGUGCAAAAGGAAAAAGAAGAUCAGGAAAGCACACUCGUCCAGGUUGUCUGUGGAAAUCCCUGUGAUAGGACAUGUGGAUACUGCAGAAUUCAUGAAUGCAGCCACUCAAGGCAAACUGAAUGUGAUAGACAAGUAUCUGUCUGAUGGUGGGAACCCUAAUGUCCACGACGAGCUGAAGAGGACGGCCCUGCAUCGUGCCUCCCUGAAAGGACACACCACAGUUGUCCAAAGUCUCUUAGAAAAAGGAGCCGAUAUCAACUUUAAAGAUCGACUGGACGCCAGGGCCAUACACUGGGCCUGCAGAGGGGGAAGCCUGGGGGUUGUCCAAGCCCUGAAGAGCCACGGGGCUGACCUGAACGUUAGAGAUAUGUUGUACAGCACUCCACUGCAUGUGGCCACAAGAACAGGCCACACCAACAUUGUGGAGUACCUGCUGUCCUGGGGUGCCAAAAUCAACUCCAGGGACAGGGAAGGGGACACAGCCCUGCACGACGCCGUGCUUCUCAACAGACACAAGAUAGUGAGGCUGCUCAUAUUUUCAGGAGCUGACACAAAAAUAAAAAAUCAUGAGGGAGUGACAGCAGUGCAGCAGGUAAAACAAUGGCAGUUUGACAUCAUUGAGACCCUGCUGAGGCUGGAGAAGCUGAGGGAGGUGGGUCUGGUGCGGCCUGAGGAGUGAAUUGUGCAGCGCAAAAGCCGUACAUGUACUCGUGCAGUAUAUUCUUUAUAAUGUCACUUGCUAUGACUAUCUGUCUCAGGUUCAAAGUGCAUUCUGUAAUUCCACUGUAGGGCUGUGUACGUCAUAUUUGAGUAUAUGCAUUACCUUAUGGGUAUGAUGCCAUUUGAUGUGUGCUCACCAUCGAAAUCUGCCUUUCCAAGCAUGGCUGUUAACCUCUGAGAUUAGUCUGUACUCUGAAAAUAGAAAAUGAUCUGCUUAUCUUAAAGAGAUAUAAGAAUGAGGAAACAAAGCUGCAUUUCUCAAACCUUGUGCUGAGCUUUGGCUUAUUCGCUUCUAAAGAGGUUUAUGAUCUUAGGAGCACUUUCAUGGAUAUUUCAUAUCUGAUUUUUGAUGCCUUUGGAAGUUGAAUAAUAUUAAUAGAUGGUGUUGCACGGAAGCUGUGUUUGAUUAUACAUCGUGAGGUCCUUGUUUUAUCAAGGUGACAGACAAGGCCAGAGCACACAGCAGGACUGCGUUUGAGACGUCAGCUGACGAUUGCAGAGAUGGCUGGUAUGCCCCCCGCUAAAGUC